AUGGCUCAGGUGAAAAAACCAACGAUUCAAAUGAAUUGGUCUAAGAGGGCCGUUAUCGAAACACCUAUAUUUCGAAAAACGAUACCGUUAAAAAAAGAUUUCUGCAAAUUGCCAGAUGUUUGCAUUUUGCAAAUAAUAAUAUGGGUGACAACAGUACAGAUAAAUUAAGUAAACUAAAAUCUGUGAUCGAUUUUUUUAAUGAAAAAUUUAAACAAGUAUAUACAAUAAAAUAAGCCAUUGCUAUCAAUGAAUCGCUCAUGAAAUAUAAGGGACGCGUGUUUUACAAACAAUUUAAUCCAUCAAAAAGGGCAAGAUUCGGCAUUAAAUUUUACAAUUUGUGUGUUAGAUUAUGGUUAUUGUUACAACUUUAAAAUAUAUACAGGCCGUGAUAAAUAAAUUGUGAUUAUAGCGCUUCUGAAAGCAUGGUCAAAGAACACAAAAGACACACAUUGUACGUAGAUAAUUGGUACUCUUCACCAGAAUUAUUUAUGACAAUAUCACACCAUCAUAAAACUAAUGUCAUUGGCACAGUACGUUCUAAUAGAAAGAACAUGCCAAAAGAUUUCUGUAAAGCAAGAGUAAAAAGGGGAGAAUAUAGAAUGAGAAACAAUAAUGGAAUACUGGCUUUAAAGUAG